UCAGCACCACAUUUGUGUUUCGCUCCAGAACCCCAGGACCAUUUCACACACUUCACACCGCGUACAGGACCUGGAGAGGAGCAGAUUCACACGCUGGAUUUUUAUUUUUGACUUCCGAGGAGUCCACUGCUUCUUCAGACCUUUAUUGCCGGGGCAACCCGAACAGGAUGGGAGUCCAGAUGUUCGCUCUAAUAGGACUGAUGGUGGUCACAGCUGGCUCUCCGUCUCCGGCUGCUUCAGACAGUUGUCAGGAGGUGACUCGUCUGAGACAGCAAGAGAAGAUACUGAAGAGCAGGCUACUGAAACAAGAGCAUCUGCUACGCAGGUUACAACAACUGAACCAAACCCAACCAGCUCCAAACCAAUCCAAAGCAGACCGAGCCAACGACACACGGUACAGAGACUGCUCAGAGGUGUUCAGUUCUGGCUCCAGUUUGAGUGGUUUCUACAACAUCCAACCACAUGGCAGUCCCUCUCCAAUCAAAGUCUACUGUGAUAUGAAUGAAGGAGGGGGUUGGACAGUUAUACAGAGAAGGACAGAUGGCAAAGAAUUAUUCAACAGGUCAUGGGCUGAGUAUAAGGUUGGUUUUGGAGACAUGCAGUCAGAACUAGGAGAGUUCUGGCUGGGAAAUGAAAACCUGCAUUACCUUACUGCGCAAGGUGACUACUGUCUAAGAAUUAACCUGGAAGACUUUGAGGGUAACCAGCGCUAUGCAGAGUACAACAGCUUUAAAGUGGGCCCUGAAACGGAGCAGUACAAGCUGACCUUCGGAGUCUAUUCAGGUACAGCUGGAGAUUCUCUGUCCGGGAGUUUUCAGGCGGACGUGUCUGAAUGGGCCAGUCACCAGGGGAUGAAGUUCAGCACCUACGAUCAGGACAACGAUAAUCACAGAGGAAACUGUGCCCGGGAGGAUAAAGGAGGCUGGUGGUUCAACAGAUGUCAUUCAGCCCAUCUGAAUGGCCUGUACUACCCUCGUGGGUAUUACAGUGCGCUGACGGAUGACGGCGUGGUUUGGUAUGCUUGGAAAGGAUGGUGGUACUCUCUCAAGACCAGCGUCAUGCAGCUGCGACCCACUGACUUCAAAAUUGACCCAAUAUAUGAUGUGAAAUCAUUUGGAAUCACAUCUGGCAGGUUUCCAUUAGGAGGACAGACCAUCCAUUAGCACGUGGUAGAUUUUCAUGGCUGCCUUGACCAGGCACGUUCUUCUACACAUUUUUUUUCCUAUCAUGCUUACAGUUUAUUUUUGAUAAUGACUCAUUUUCUUGAGUACAAUUCUUAAGCAUAUUUUUCUGAGAGCAAAGUUUGAGCUCCUGGUCAAUUUUAGCAUUUGGGACUCAUUUGCACAUUGGAAACUAAGUGCUUAGCAUGCUGUCUUCUGAAAUAGCUGUGGUUUUGUUGCCAUCGUUGGUUCUCACCAUGACGCGCGGGGAGAACAGAUCGUCAUCUCUAGCAUGCAAGACACACUCCUGCCACAUAGCAUGAACUUGGCUGUGUGUUGAGAAAGUAAAAAAUAAAUAAAUAAAUUACUCUUUCAGCUUUAGUUAGCUGAAACUCUAUCAAAUUAGCAUUUGAUAGCACAUUUUAGCUCAUGUGGCCUCACUGCAUUGUCUUACACUACUACUACUUAUGACUGCUCCCGUUAGGGGGCGCCAUAGCGGAUCAUGUGCUUCCAUCUCUUCCUGUUUUCUGCGUCUUCCUCUGUCACACCAGCCACCAGCCACCUGCCACCUGCAUGUCCCCCCUCACCACAUCCAUAAACCUCCUCUUUGGCCUUCCUCUUCUCCUCUUCCCUGGCAGCUCCAUAAGACUGCAUUGUCUUACACUAUUAACAAAAUAGUCCCUCCAUUCCACUGUGAAUUGUGUAGUUUUCUUUUUGCUCAACGUGACAAGUAGCUGAAUAUUAAAAAGUAGAAAAAAGGUUAACAAGGUAAAACAUGUUGACAUCAGUUGCAUAGGGUGGAAGGUAAUGGAUAGCUAGGGUUAACAGACGACAUAGCCACUCUCGCUCUUUUACCGCAUUUAUAACUUGGAUUCACGAAAUAAACCAGCAAAACAAG